GGGGGGUGGGCUGUCGCCUUCUGGGGCCGCGCGUCCCGCCCUGUCCUAGGCCUCUUGAAAAGGGGGGGUGGGGCUGCGGAGGCCCCGGUCCAGCUCCCUGCUCACAGCAGUGUCGAUCCUGCUGAGGCUGUGUGUGGCCGGGGCUGCUCCGAGAAGGCCAACAGCGUCCGGCCUGCACUGGUAGAGCGCUGCCAGCAGGGUCAGGGAAGUGACUCUUCUUCUCUACUCAGCCCUGUUUAACCACAAUGAGGCGGAGCUCAAGUACCAGCGGUGGCAGCGGUCGGCAGUCUGCAAUGCCCUUGAGAGUUCAGGAUUCCAACAGGAUGUUACAAACACCGCAAAGGCAAGACCGAACAACCUUUGGGAAGUUGAGCUUGAGCAAGCCUGCAUCUGGUACCUCAGAAAGAAAAGUCAGCUUUUUUGGAAAAAGAACGAGUGGUCCUGGAGGAUCGCGUAACAGUCAGUUUGGUGUGUUUGGUACAGAAAAGAUCAAGGAUCCUAGGCCACUUCAUGACAAAGCGUUUGUCCAGCAGUGUAUCAGACAGCUCUGUGAGUAUCUUGUUGAGAAUGGUUACGCCCAUAAUGUCUCCAUGAAGUCACUCCAGUCUCCAUCAGUUAAGGACUUCUUAAAGAUCUUCACCUUUAUCUAUGGGUUCCUCUGCCCUUCUUAUGAGCUUCCUGAUUCAAAGUUUGAAGAGGAAAUCCCCAGAAUUUUUAAAGAGCUUGGGUAUCCUUUUGUAUUAUCAAAAAGUUCUAUGUACACAGUGGGAGCACCACACACAUGGCCACAGAUUGUUGCAGCUUUGGUUUGGUUAAUUGAUUGUAUUAAGAUAUACUGUGCCAUGAGGGAAAAUGCACCAUCAUUUGAUGAAGCACAAGGCUGGGGAGGAGAGACAGAAAAUGGAAUUGUACAUAACAAGCUUUUCUUGGACUAUACUGUAAAGUGCUAUGAGCACUUUAUGAAGGGUGGAGACACUUAUGAGGAAUUUGAUGCAGAAGUGCAGUCGAAGCUAAAGGAUUUGUUUAAUGCAGAUGAAUUCCAGGUGGAGGCUCUGGAAGCAGAAAACAAAAGGUUAAAUGAAGAGAUUGCAAGACUGGAGAAAGAGAGAGAAAGUGAGCCAGAUCGUUUAGUUUCACUACGAAAAGUGAAAUCUUCUUUGCAAGCAGAUGUUCAGAAAUACCAGGCUUACUUAGCUAAUCUCGAGUCUCAUGCAGCCGUCCUUGACCAGAAACUGAAAGGCAUUAAUGAGGAAUUUGAAGCAGCAGAAAUAAAAGUUGAAGCAAUGAAGCAAGAAAAUGCUCGCCUCCAGCACAUAUUUGAGAACCAAAAGUACUCGGUUGCAGACAUUAAGAGAAUAAAUCAUGAAAGAAAUGAGUUGCAGCAAACUAUCAACAAACUGACUAAGGAGCUGGAAGCAGAACAACACUUGUUGUGGAAUGAGGAGCUAAAAUAUGCUAGAGGCAAAGAGGCGAUUGAAACGCAACUUGCAGAGUAUCAUAAGCUGGCUCGAAAGCUGAAACUCAUCCCUGUAAGCGCAGAGAAUUCCAAAGGCCUUGACUUUGAGAUUAAGUUUAACCCUGAGGCAGGACCAAAUUGUCUAGUCCAAUACAGAACACAGAUCAAUGCUCCUCUUAUGGAACUCAUAAACCAGACUGAAGAAGAAAUCAGACAAGCUACCCACCGGAAAAUGGGUUUGGAAGAUACUUUAGAACAGGUGAACACGAUGGUUGUGGAAAAGAAAAGCAGUGUAAAAGUAUUGAAGGAAGAAGCACAAAAGCUGGAUGACCUUUAUCAUCAAAAACUUAUGGAAGCUGAAGAAGAGGAGAAAAAAUGUGCAAAUGAGCUGGAAUUGUUAGAGAAGCAUAAACACUUACUUGAGAGUGGAGUCAAUGAAGGUUUUAGUGAAGCCAUGAAUGAGCUUCAUGAUGUUCAGCGGCAAUACCAGGUUGUUAUGCAGACAACAACAGAAGAGAGCAGAAAAGUGGGUGAUAACUUGAACCGCCUCUUGGAAGUAAUUACAACUCAUUUAGUAUCAGUGGAGAAAUACCUUGGGGAACAGAAAGCAAAAGUUGAUAGAGACUUUGAAGAAUUCGCAUCUGAAAAUCUGUUGGCAAACUUGAGAGAGAUCCUAGACAACUAUAGGAAGAAGGCUGAUGAUGCUCUGUAAUUCUCAAAAGGAGAAAAGUGAACUUUUUUGUGCAGUGGAGCUCUAGAGGCAUCUAUCUUUGAACAUGAGCAUUGCCUGUCAACUUCAUUUUGUCAUCUGUAUCGGUGUUAAUAUUUUUAGGGACAUUUUUAAACCUUAGUUUCUAUUUUAGUUUUUAAUCUAUGCAUAAUUCUGUAAGCCAUUAAUAAAAUUGUAUGAAGUUUCAGUUCAGUCUUUGUCAAUUUAUGCUACUGUACAGGUGCCUGUGUAAAGACAUGAUCCUUGGAAUUUACUUUUGAUUUCUAUGUAAUAAUGGAUGAUAUUCAAGUCAUUUUGUGUUUCUCUAGGAACAGUCAGUAGAAAGGAGAUAACAUGCACUUUGCAAAAAGACCCAAAAUGCACCUGGAGGUGAGACAAGGAGCUCUAGUAGUAAUAUAGGGGGCACCACCAACUGGAAAAUCUGCCACCUGAGAACUAUAAACCUGCUUAUGUUGAUGAAAUAGUAGUAAUAAUAAGCUUAUUAUUAGUAAUAAUGAAUGAGAACUUUCUUUCCUCUUUUUAAAGUUUAUUUUGCACAUAUAUAACAGUAUUUGUGUAUAAUCAAACUCUUUGUUAAUAACAUGUAUCCUUCCCCCAAGCUCCAGAAAAAAAAAAAAAAAGUUGGGAGGGGGUGUCCUAGUAGUAACAAUAGAAUCAAAUAUGAACAGAAAGUGGGCUAGAGAAGAGGAGUGUGUACAAGACCUUUUUCAACAUAGUUUAGAUUUUUUUUCUGAUACUUAUCUAUUUUUAGGGAACUUUAAAAUCUGGAUAUCUCUAAAUAGUUUAGAGAAACUGAGGUUAGUCAUAGUAAAGUACAGCUAGAAGGAGUCAAGAUGGCUGCUUUAAGUGCCUGUGCUUUCAAAAGAAAUACUAAUCUUGCUCCCCAAAUAUGUCUGCACCAGAGAGAGCUUAUAGACAAAGCAAUUUAUCAUCUCUGGUACCGUGAGCGGUUGUGCUGAUUCAGCUAAUGUUGGCUGUGCUACAAUGAGAGAGAAGGGGAGAGAGUGCUUAAGAGGGCAUCAACUGUCAGACUCAAAGGGUAAAGGUAAGCUUAUCAGGGCUUCUGCUUAACAGCCAAUGACUUGAGAGCUCUCUGUCUCCAGAAGCCCUGAUAAGCCUACCUCCACUAAAAGACCUGAAAUGUCCGUAAAGAAAAAAAUGACUCGGUAAACAGGAUUAAGUGGAUUCUUCCCUCUUUGUUAGAACAGUGAACUAUUAUAUUCUUAGAUUCCUAAACUUCCAUUUCACACUCCAGUAACUUCUAUUGACUGUUAUACCAAGGCUUUUUUGAUAAUCUGACAAAUUCUUCUGUUCCCUCUUACAAUGUCCUUUGAUGCUCCUCUUCAUUCUUGCCUUUUUUCAGGCUGUUUUGAUUUUGAAUUGUCACCUUCUUCUUGGUUGCCAAGCAAACUCUUACCUCAGAAUGAUUCUUCAGGCUAGUUUUCAAUUACUUACAUGACAGAGUACACUCAUGUACACCUAGUUAUACAGGGGCAAUAAACAAAUGCAUAAAUCUUGAUAUUACCUCUUUCCUUUUAAAAUAAAAGUUGUCGUCUUUCA